AUGAUAGGACUGCAGAACGUCUGUCAGUGGGGAAACGGGAGGAACUCUUGCACCUCGUCGCGUCGCCAGAUCCUCGCUUGGGUAAACCAUAAUCUCAACACAAGCUUCAUGCGACUGGAGGACCUCUGCUCCGGGGUGCAGUACUGCCAGAUGCUUCACAAGCUCCGGCCGUGCGCUAUCAACUUGAAGAAGGUAAUAGUGAACACGAGGGCCCAGCACGAACAUGUGCUCAAUAUGAAACUGCUGCAGAGGAGCCUCUGGGAACAGGGUGUUGAGAAGCAAAUACCCAUUCUCCGCCUGGUUGCUGGUGGCUACCGCGAGACCCUGGAGUUUGCUCAGUGGUUCAAGGCCUUCUACGAUCGCAACUAUGUCCUUCUUCAAGAUGAAAUUGCCCAGGUCAAAGUGCACAGAAUGCCAGCUCUCAAGAAAUGUCUCAAAUUUCGUCUGAUUCAGAUUGCUCCAGAGAAUAUUUCAAAGAUAUCCGGUCGCAAGGAGAGUCAAGGUUGUGUCCAAUGUCAAGAAAGCGCAGAUCAUACUCCUCACAUUCAAAUAGGCUCAACAAAAUUACUGAUGAUCAUCACAACCUAUGGAGGCGUCCGGAAACCUAAGCACAUUUUCAAGAUUAAAACUAAGACCCUGGAGUAUUGGAUCAGGCAGGGAAACAUGUCAGCAUCGCCGAAGUCGAAGGAUAAGGACCACUCUGCCUAUGACAGCAUUUCUACCGAGUUAGAUAUCGAACAGGAAAUAGCUCUGAUAAUGGAAAAUGUUCGAAACAAGGUCGAAGAGCUGCGAAGAAUCAAUAGAAUUUGCUUUUCAAAAAGUUUGGAGAGUAAAGAAUUGCUAAGUUUCCGCUGA